AUGGAGCAGAAGGCGGCGGCGCCGUCGCCCGCCCCCGGAGCCAACCCCGCGGCCGGGGAGGCGGCGUCGCUGUCGCUGCCGGCGCUGCUGCUGACGUCGCCGCCGGCGCCCGCCUCCGGCCUGCUGCUGGACCUGUCGGCCCCCGGCGCCGGCCCCGGGCGCCGCGCGGCGCGCUCCCGCGGCAAGGCGCGGCCGUCGCGCUCGCUGCCCCCCGCCGCCCCCGCCCCCGCCACCGCCGUCGACCUCCGCCGGCGGCAGCCCGAGCCGGCGGGGUCGGGCGACGCCGCCCCCGUGGUGACGUCGGCGCGCGCCGACUCCUCCAGCGCCACCGACCUGCCGGAGAGCCCGCAGGCGUCCAGGGCCGCCGCCGAGGACGCCCCCGCCGCCCCCGCCGAGGCGGACAGCACCUCGGACCCGGCGACGGCGGCGGCUCCGGCGGAGGAGUCGGAGGUGGGCGCCCUGCUGGAGGGCCUGGUGGCGGCCGUGGUGGCGCUGCAGCUGGGCGCCGAGCCGGCCGCCGACCGCUGCCUCGCGCGCGCCUUCUCCCAACUGGACGUCGGCCCGCCGGAGGAGGAGCGGCCGGGCCCCGCGGCCGCGGCGCCGCCUCCGGAGGCGGCGUCGCCCAGUCCCGCCGACGGAAACCAUCCCCCGGCCGCGCCGGCCGAAGUUCCCCCGACCGCGUCGGAGGCGGCGGCCGAUCCCGGCGGCGACUCGCCGGAGGCCGCGGAAGAUGGCGGCGGCGGCGGCCGGAGGCAGCAGAGGGCGGCGGGGGUGUGCGCCGCCGUCCAGACGCCCACCUCGCUGCUCUCCGCCGGCGCCUCCACGUCCGACGCCUGCCCCGACACAGAUAUCUUCAGACAACCUUUUGCGGCCCCUGAAGGUGUCCCAAACUUGUCGUUCAGAGCGGCAGAUUCUCUCCGUGGAGCCCAUUGCUUGGACAACGACUUAUCACAAAGUGACGCGGACGACCUACUGCUGCGGCCACCGUUCCGACCGGCGCCACGGACGGCCCCGCCGGAUGACGCGGACCAGGUGGUGCCGGCGAGCCCCCGGCCGGCGCGCGACGCCACGGUGCCAUUCUGCUACGGUGGGCGCCUUCCCGCCUCCAUCUACUACGCGACGGGGACUCGUGUGACGAGGCCGCAGUGCGCUGCCGGUCUGGUGCUGCCCGAUAUCCUAAACGACGUGGCGGGAGCUUCCCCGUCACCCCCGGCCCCGGACGCGGAAUCGGAGUCGGAACCGGACGUCGAGACUGACGCGGAAGCUCCGGAGCUGGGCGUGGGGCGUGACGUCGUCACGGGGAUUCUGUACGACAUUGUGAGACAGUCCACCAGUGGUCAGAGUUCACACCAGUCACCGACACGAGACGACACGGCAGUGGAGGCGGAGGAACUCGCAGAGACAGAGGAGCAACCGACGGAACCGGAAGAUCGGCCAACGGAACCGGAAGAUCGGCCAACGGAACCGGAAGAUCGGCCGACGGAACCGGAAGAGCAGCCGACGGAACCGGAAGAGCGACCGUCGGAACUGGAGGAGGGGCAGGCAGAGGCAGAGGAGGGACCUGCAGAGGCUGACGAGGGACCAGUGGAGGCGGAGGCAGAAAUGGAGGACCCGGUGCCUCUCUCACCGUCAUUGGCCGCUGGUGCUGAGGGUGCAAGUGCAGUACCUGAGGAAGAGCCUGCCAGUGUAAUCCCGUCCGAGAAGGAAGAUCGGGAGCAAGAAACUAAGACUGAGACCGAGGAGGGAGCGGCACAGAAUAAUGCCGAGGAGGUUGUGCGAGUUGUGGCUGAGGAGGAUUCCACAGGUGCGGAGGUUCCCGACGCCGUUCCCGAGAGAGAGAACGCGGCCUCGCGGUCGCCGAGGCCCCGCGGGGAAGCGGAGCGGUCCCCGCGCGACAGCCCGGUGGAGACGGCGGCGCCGACCUCUGCCGGCGAGGAGAGUACGCUGACCGCCGAGAGCGGCGAGACGGGCGACCGGGGCGACAGCGAAAUGGACGUCCGCAAGGAGGGGGACAGCCUGCGCUGCAGCGUGCCGCUCGAGAAGGUGCCGCAGUUCGACGCGGCUGCGGUGGUGCAGGCAGCAGACGCAGACAAGUCGGAGCUGAAGAAGUUCCAGUUCCGCAUGGAGCCGACGCACCGCACGCCGAAGGGAUUCCUGUGCGAGGUGUGUUCGACGGUGUACAAGCGCUCGUUCAGCCUAAAGCGCCACUACCUGCGCUGCCACGUCAGCGUCUGUUACCUGUCGGAGCGCGACGUCGCAAACUGCGGUAUCGCCAACCCUUCCAAGGCCGGGGCACCGCUCUCCUAUGCCAAGGCCCCGGGCAAUGUGGAGUGUCCUGGGAUGUACCGCUGCCACACGUGUGGCGACUGGUUCGACGACAGACUGACCGGCUUGCGGCCGCACCUGCUCGACCACCCACAGCCGACUGCUGCACCACCGACGGACGCAGGGAAGGGAACGAACCCCAAGCCGGAUACAAAUGGAGCGUGCACGGGUGCGGAAGCGCAGGGAGAUCUGUCGAGUGCGGCGACAGUCCCCGGUGGUGUGGACGUUGCAAUUCAACCCAAAGUGGAGAUCGUACCCAGAUUUCUGUGUCUCUAUUGUGAUAAGAGGUUCGUAACGGGGCCGCUGUGCCGGCGCCACCAGAGGAGGGUGCACAUCGCCCGCGAGAACGCCGUCCGCCAAAAGCUGUCGACAGCAGCUACGCCCACCGUGUCCGAAGCGAACGCGAGUAAAGGAGCUGUCGCGAGUAAAGGUGCCGCCGCGGGUAAGGAACCCGUCGCAGGAAAGGAAGUCGCGACAAGUAAAGAAGUUCCCGCUGGUAAAGAAGUCGCCGCGGGCGAGACGAAAACGGGGGGUGCGGCGGAAGCCCCGGACGGGACUGCCGCCCCGGCCGCGAAGAAGGAGGCGAGGCCCCGACAGCCGCGCCCCCACCAGUGCCCGUACUGCGCCGGGGGCGGCACCGUCUUCAAGGAGCUGGCGGCACUGGUGAGGCACUACCGGAGGCGGCACGCGGACCGCUACCACGUGUGCGCACCCUGUGCCACGCGCUUCCCGACGCGAGACGAGUUGGAGGCACACGGCGUCGAGAAGCACGGCAGGAGGCCGCGCUCGUUCCGAGCGGAGGCCAGGGCUGCUGCCAAGGCCGUGUCCUCGAGUGCCGGGGACUCCGACUACCAGACGGCAGGUUCCUCGUCUUCGGCGCCAGGCGCCUCGUGCCAGAAGCAGAAGAAGAUCAAGAAGCUUCCUGUCUCCGUCUUCACCACUACCACCAGGUACGGCAGUGGAAGAUCGAUGACGGAACAGUCUUCGGCACGAGCUGUCGAGGUGGAACUGGCGUUCUUCAGCAGAGUGUCGGACAACAUCCGCUACAACCUGCUGCACCACCUGGACGGCAAGCUGGAAUGCUCGGCUGCUGACAGAGACGUCAAGUGUGUGAAGACGACUGCCGAUGAACGCCGGGAAUCUGCUGCGGAUGUGGGCUCUGCAGGUGGCGAGGGGUGUCCAGAGUCUGCAAACUCGGGUGCAAAUACGGGAAAGAUCGACACUUCCGUCCUGUCGCUACCCACCGUUCGGAAAGCGCCGACCUCUUUCUACCUGUCACGGCUGGACAUCUCGACACAACUGGCGAUGGGGCGCAGCAUGGAGAGGCCGCCCGCACCGUCGCCGCCGCGAUCGCCUUCUCCGGACGACGUGCCACUCGCGGGUCGGCUCGCACGGAGCCGUGCGGCACGCAAUCGCACCGUGGCCGACGUCGACUUCCACGCGGGGCUCAAUCUCGUGCGGAAUGCUGCGGGGUGCAGUCACUCUGUGGAACCCUUGGACAUUCGGACGGUAAACGAAGAUACUGCCUCUGUGGGUGAGACAGCUGCCCAUCCACUGUCCGCAUCCGCCCCUCCGACACCUACCGAAAAGGUGUGUGGGGGCGGCGACCUGCGGGUUCUGCGGCGGAGCGUCUCGGAGCGGGUGCUGGCGGAGGAGACGAGGGCGUCGGCAGCUUCUUCCCCGCUGUCGCCGGAGGACGGGCGCGGGCUGGUGCUGAGUGGGGAAUGGGUGCGGCCGCGCAGUUAUGUCUGCAUCGCCUGUUCGCGCACCUUCCCGGACCUCUGCGAGCUCGAGGAACAUCACGUGGCAGCACACCCAAAUGUCAUCUGCACCCACUUCGAGCUGGAGGGACAGAGUGAAGUGGCGAACGGACCGUCAUCGGCGGGCCUGACCGCGUACGACCUGUGCAGACGCCACCUCGGUGCACACUGCGCGUACGACCUGAGGGUCAGCGGUGCAGGGCCCGACAAGCCGGAGGAGGGAGUGAGGACGAGAGCAGAUGCCCACAAGGAGGCAGCGGAGAAGAAGGGAACGAGUGCGGGCACACCGCCGGAGCCGCGCUGCACGAAGUGCGGACGUACGAGCUUCUUCGCACAUCCGGAGUUCCACAGGCACAUCUUGGAGUGCGGCGGGGACACCAUGUGGCUCUCGAGUCCAGGUGGGACGGGAGCCAGUGGCGGAGGUAAUGGCGGGCGGAGACGACGCAAGUGGCGCACAUUCGGCAGCAGGAGGCGUCGCGGCGGAGGCGGGGCCGGCCGUGGCGGGUACCGGCGGAGCGCGCCUGCGACUCCCACGCAGUCGGGGGUGGGCGCGGGCCACCGCGGUAGCUCGCACUCUGGCAGCGGACGGCACUUCUUGAGCGGACACCACCAUCGUAACCGACACAACCGCCACCUACAACACCAGCACCACCGACACCUGCACCGCAAGGCUGGCGAUGGCGAUACGAUUCGUCGCAUGCUCGCCAACCUCCCUGCGAAGAGAUCCACUCGGAGGAUGAUACAGUUUGAUGACAUCAGGACGAGGACCCGUACCAACAUUUUGAUGCAAGCUCACCUGAAUCGCUACAAGCACCUGAACCGCCGCAUCGUGACCAACGCGUCGUGCUCGUACGGUCUGCGGGUCGGCAUCCAGACUCCGCCGUCGGUACCGUUGCCGUCGCCGCCGCCGCCGCCGCCACAGCCCACCACGAAAGAAGAGCGGCGGCGACCUGCGAACGUGACGAGAGGGCAGCAGCCUCCGGCGUCUGCCCCGUGGGAAGCGGCUCGGUCUGGGUUGCCUCUCGUGAGGAGCACGACGCCUGCCGGCCGGCGCAGCCGCAGCCUGCUACUGCAGGACGCCGGAGCACCCGACGUCCACCGCCGUAGGAGCUCACUGCCACCUCCCGAGCGUCCGGAGACACCGAGCAGGAACACACGACAGGCACUGCAGAAAGCUAGCUCCGAGAAGGUGCCACUACCGCUGUUGGACUCCAACCAGCAGGGGCCGACCACCAGGAACAGGAGUUUCCCGGGACCGCCACCUCUCCCUCCUCCGGCCGUCCCAGAACUGGUGACACCACAAACUGGCACGUCACGUCCACAGACUCCGAGGCCGAAGACGCCCGUUUCGAGUGCCCAGCCCGUCACCACCAGGGCACAGACGCCGAGGCCGGCGAGUCCCGUACAACUGCCAAAAUUGAGGACGCCCGUCAAGAUUUCAGUGCCGAAGUCCACACCCGCCGAUUCGGAAGUUCCGCGGACGCAGUCACCGAGCCCUCGGCGUGGGAACCGACCGAAGUCGGCCCCGGUGCCGGACCCGCGCCCACAGAAAUCGACCGCCGACUUGACACACGUCCCGGUGCUGAGAUCCCGCGCGUCACGUCUCUCGCUCGAUUUGGGCCGACGAGAUGCUGUCGCACACUCUGUUGGGACGCCACCUUCUUCCCCUGCGAAGGUGAAAAAAUCGGUGCCUCCAAAAGGCAGAGUGGCUCCGGAGUCGGAGAGUGAGGAGGAGAACGAAACGAAGCUGCACCAGACGCGGAGCAGGGCAAAACAGCAGAAUGGAGUACCCGAAUGUGGUUCUCACAGUACCGACAUCCUGCAAUCUGGAAAUACGGUAUCCGCAACUAAGGGUACUGAGACGACGACCAGAGGAAGUGUUGUAGAGACUGUAGAUCCAGAAAUCCAUAAGACUGACAAAAAGACUGAAUACGCAGCUUCUGACAGAGAUACCGAGCCGCUCGUGCAGGCAUCGAAGCAAAAGGUGCAGAAAGGGAAAUCAAAUAAGAAAGGACACGGUGAAUCGAAUGAUUUGCCACCUGUAAGUAGCGUGGUUGCACCUGCUGUUGUGAAGAGUGAAGAUGCAAAACCGACUAAGGGGAACAGGAACAGAAGUAGUGGCAGAGCAUCUGACAAUGUGACCGUCACAAAUAAGAAAGGCCACGGUGAAUCGAACGAUGGCCUGCCUGCAAUUAGUGUGGUUGCACCUGACGUGAAGAGUGAAGACGUGAAAUCCACUAAGGGGAACAGGAGCAGAAGUAGUGGCAGAGCACCUGACAAUGUGACCCUCACUCCUGAGGAAGGAGGAGCUGAUGUGAAGACCGUUCCCAAAGUGGAAUCUUCACCAAACAGGAAGAAGAGUAGGACUCCGUCCAAAGGCAAAGUAACUUCAACCACAGUCUCCACCAGCAAUAGUAGCAGAAUGAGUUCAGCUCCAGAAGGGUCAGAGUGUGACAGCGGCAACAUUAAAACUCGGCAAGGCGUGGAAUCCGAGGCUUUGCAGUGCAUUAAAACUGAACCUGUAGACAAUGUGACAGUUGAAGAUCUCACUCGGCUCGUUACUGCCGAGAAGCAGUCGCCCGACAGGAAAGUUUCGAAGUCGAAGAAGCCUCUAGGGGAAACCAAAGUGGUGAAAUCUCUUGAAGAAUCUGUGUCGGAUGUCGAAGUCAGGUCACGCGUAAUCGCUCCUGCGACUAAACACGGUGGAAGCAGUCGGAAGAAGGAGUCCUCCCGACCGAAGUCACUGGUGUCGAAAAAAGAAAAUGUAAGUGUAUCGGAUACGGAAACUCGUGUGGCUGUUGUUGUCAAAUGUGUGAAGAAUAACUCAAAAUCCAAGAAACCUCAGUUACUCGAGAAGAUAGAGAACGCUAAAGUUGAUAUUCCGGCAGAGGGAGAAAGCUUACCUUCAGAAAAUAUUGUGCUGUCUGUAGAUGAGGAUACAGUGAAUGGCGAUGAUGCCGACGAUGCCGAUGCCGACGAUGACGAUAGUAGUGAAAGUGACGACGAUGACACCGAUAGUGAAGAUGACGACUCUGAGGAAGGGGAGCUUAUCGGUAGAACGAGAUCUGAAAGAAAUCCGGACGGUACGAGAAUGUUCACUGUCACUCACAGGCUUCGUGCAAUGCCUAUUAUUAGAUUCAAACCGAAGAGCAUCAAAAAGGUCUCUAAAAAGAGUGUGCAAGAAUCACCUGCAAAUCAGAAAGCCGAAGCGGUUCAGUCCAGUACUCCGACACGCAAAACUCCCGACACUCCAGCAUCUGGGAAGGCGAGUGGGGCGAAGAAAGUAAAAAGCAAAGUGAAAACACCAUCAGCAGAAGGACCCGGGGUGAGUGAAAUUUCAGUAAAUAGCGACUCGGCAGGCUGUCAGGAGGGCAGUGAACCUGCAGCUUCGGGCGGAGACUCGCCGGCACCUCCGGCAGCUGCAAAAUCUCCUCCCAAAAACCGUAAGAGCACUCCGAAGACAAAAUCUGCAAAAGAAGUGGAAACAAAAGGUAACACAGCUGGAGAAGCAGAUGUGGACCUUACUCCCACGAAGAGACGGGAGCCAGAAAUAUUGGACGGUGAUGUAGUGCCUGACGAUCUCGCCAGAUGUGAGCCUAUCGUUCUUUCCGAAAGUGAACGUGAACAUCAUCUUGGAGGAAAAGGAGAGGCAGAACAAAAGUUAUCGAAGAUCAGUGACAGGACGAGGCAGAAAAUAGGACGUCUGAGUAAAGGUGACAGUCCAGAAGGCAGUACGGAUUGGAGACUAUCUGUUGACUCAGUAAGUAUUUUGUUACCUGAAAUGGACAGUAAUGCCGAUUUGAAAGUUUUGGAAAGUAAAAACCAAAAAACGCUACUCGAUAGUAGUGUGCCUACGACAUUAGGUGAAGUUUCUGUAACUGCAGAAAGUAGUGUGACAACUCCAAAACUGAAGGGUGUGAAAUUGUCAAAGAAGAAGAAGACAGGGCGACAGAAGAGUCUUCUGGAUAGCCCGGUUGUUGCAACUGCAGAGCUCGGCAGUCAGUCAGUUUUGCUGCCGUACCCUCUGGAUAGCGCAGCUGGUGACAGCGAAAGAAAAGAGAAAGAUGAGGUGGUCACCGAUGCCAUUGUUAAAGCCUCCCCGACAGAGUCAAAAGCUCUGAAUCAAAAAAAGACUACCUCUGUGACAAAUUCUCCCAUAAAACGGGAUCCACUAAAAACCACUCUAGAGGGUAUCGACGGUGACGAAAAAUCUACUUCGAUAUUUUGCGACACUGUUCAGAAAGCUCAGACAGCCGAGGUGAAAAUUGUGCAAUGGAAGAGGACUUCAUCUCUUACAGAUCUCACUGCAAAAAUUGAUACACCAUUAUCUGCUACAGGUGGUGUCGUGGAAUGUAACGUAACUGAAACUGGCCAUAAAGAAAUAUCUGAGAACAACAGAAAGAAGCAGCAGAACAAGACCAAAACGAAACAGAAACGGAGUGCAUCUGCUACUGCUGUUGUCGAGAAACUGGAACCUCGCACAUCCACUUCUGUCAGUGUGGAGCGAGUUGUCACAGUGGCAGAUGUGACGGAUUUGAUUGCUGACGGUAGUGGUAAGUCCCCGAGCAAGUCAAAAUUGAAACGCAGGAGAGCUGCCUCUGCCUCAAAAGCCUCGGAAUCACAAACCGCACCGACAGACGAUACGGUGAAAGUGAUAGACGGUUCAAUCGGUGCGAUAGCUAAAAGCUUGCCAGAUACCUUCAAGACUUCCAAACAGAAGAAAACUUCUUCCAAUGAAAAUUUGAUUGAGAGAUCUGACACUGGUGCAUCUGUUGUCAGUGAUUUGCUAGAACAAAAUUCACAGAUUUUCCCAGGAAGUCCAGCUUUUGAUUUCAGUGAGAAAAUAGUCCUGAGUAAGCCAAAAACUUCUAAACGGAAAAGGAACUCUUCCAUUACAAAGCCUGUCCCGACAUCAAAAUUAGUGGCGGAUGCUAUCGACAGUGAUGCAAUACAUUCCGUGAAGGAAGAUACGACAGAACAUUCCACAAAUGAAAGGACACCUAAUGGAAUUGACUCUGUUAAGGAAGAUGUGGGGACACUGCCAGAAAAUUCUGGGCACAAAUCUGCCUCCGUUAAGAUAUCUGCAACAUCUGACUCGAUGCUCUCUCUUGCGGACAGUGGAAAGGAAAACAGAGAUGUGACAGGAGAAGCUGUAAAUAUUGCUGCAAAAUCGAUGCCGAGUACUUCUAAGAAGAGGAGAAAUGCAUCCAGUGCUAGAAAGUCCAGGAGAUCUACUUCUGCAGAGGUGCCCGUACCAGAGUGUGGUGCCACAGCGACCGAUGCGGCAAUGUGUGCCGAUACUGAAAAUGAGGAACUUUUCGAACCUCGGACACGGUCGUCAGAAGUCAGUGUCUCCGAUAGCGAGAGUGGUGUGAAAGAGCACGGGAAGUUGGAGGUGAGCACUCUGAGCACAGUGAUCCCCAAUGGGAGCCCAGUUUCUGCAGACGAGGUGCACUCCGAGAAGGGCCUCAUCUUGGCCGCCAUGAAGGUUGCAAUGAUGGGUGCAGAGGUUCGACCGUCUGCGACAGUUGACGAUAGUGAGAAUGUGCACGGGAGUUCGGGUGGCGAGAAAACUUCACAAACUGGCACCGGCCGGGGUACAACACGGUCCGAGGCCGAAGGGAGGAACCUCUGUGACGAUCGGCGGAAGGUCUGCCGGCAGUGCGGUCGCGACUUCACGUCGAAUUCCUCUUUCUGGAAACACAUCCAGCGGCACUGCACGAGCCCGUGCCGGGUGACUCUGGCACCCGUCUCGUGUUCUGACGUAGGAGUGCCCCUACAGGUCGUGAGCGGCCGUACUGGCAGAGUAAAUGACGUAAGCAAUUCGGCGGACGAAGUCCGACUCGCCGUCGGAGACUCUGACGCCGGGAUUUGCACCGUAGUUGCCGACAUUGCGAAAGACGACGAAGGUGUGGCAGAAGUAAAAAAUACGGAAGACGGAAAGGUUAGCAGUUCCGGUGACUGUGGUCUAGACGGAGAGGAUGCCAAUAUUUUUGUGUCGGAAAGUGUCGAAGUAUCGGAGGUGAGUUCUACAGGUGUAAAGACAGAAGAGGAACAGGUCGAGAGUACGCACGUGAAGGAAGUAAACGACGAGGCCCCGGAAACCUACGAGGUUUGCGCCGAGCGUCCGGAUAGCAGAGUUUCGGAGGAUGCCGACGAGAUGCCUCUCGCCCGACUCCUCACCGGUGAACGCGUAGUGUCUCCCGAAGUGUGUAAUUUACAAGAGAAUGGAGGAAAAUCAGAUUACCGGCCGUGCAGUGUGACAUCGGAGGAUGCGGAGAAGGCACCGAGUGUAGCUUACAGAGUGGAAGCCGGAGGUAGAAUUUGCUCGACAAUUUCUUCCGGUGCAGUUACCGGUAAAAUGUCGGGCGACACAGUUAGCUCCGUUGCCACGGAUGAGAGGGUAGACGUUUCACAGGGAGUGCACUCUGACGAGUCACUGUCGUCCUCCGAAGAUAAGGACAGUGGCACCAAAGAGCCGGGCUCGACAGAACAAAGUGAAACGGUAGAAGAGAGUAGUGAACGGGAUUUGUCCGAUACGUCAAAGUCGGACGGUGUCGGUGACUUCGACGGAGCGAUAACACGAGCACAAAUCGGCGAAGAGGAUUUGCCCGGGAGACCAGAGGUGGGCAGUGUCGGUGAUUCCGACAGAGUGAUAACACGCGAAGACGAUUUGCCCGGCAGUUCGAAGGGGGAUAGUAUCGGUGUCACUGACAGUGUGGUAGCACAGUCAGUUUCAUCUGCAACGAGGGUAGUAGCUUCGGAGGGUGACAGUUGGAGAAAUUUGGCAGAUGUGACGGAGGCAGCUCUGGUUCGGACUGAACGUAAAGAGGUGAAGGCUGCAGACGGCUCAGUGGAAAAGGCAGCAGAUGAAGAACCACCACCAGACGGAAACAUCACUUCUGACUGUUUUAAGGAUGCCGACAGGGACGACAGCAAUCUCGAUCCCGUCAUCGAAUCGCCAGAACAGGCAGCAGUGGCCUCACCUAAAAGGAAAAACAAAAAACGGGAGCGUCAGCAUUGGGCUGCGGCGAGUAUCUCUCUGCAGACAAAUUCAAAUGCACCGGCCGUCACUGCAGAUCCUCAACCAUUAAAAAAGUCGAGCAAGAAAAGUGUGAAUGGCAGGAAGGCAGAACAUGCCAGACAGUCUAGUCAGGGCUCGGAGGGGUCGGGUUCGGGCACCUCCGAGGGGGAAGAAGAUGUGCCUCUGUCCUCACUGCUCAGGACUGUAAAGGAAUCUCGGAAGGUCGGCUACAAAGAGCCAACUGAGGUGCGUCAAGAAAAUGUGGAAGGCCAGCUGAAUGUCAGUACGGUGGUCGGCUGUACUCCCGAUGUCACUCGAGGGAGGUUGCCGCGAUCAGGGGGGGAGUGUGCCGCGGCUGCCGAGGAGGCGUGUCACACUUCCAGCCUGACCGAGGUGGAAAUGCCUACGUUUGAAAAAUGUGCCACAGAAUCUGGGGGAAUAACAGUGGACUCGGCAGAAGACCACGAGGAGGUUGCGACUGUCUGUAGUGUCGAGAAAAGCUCGAAAGAAGUUAUGGACGUAGUAUCCACUGACGUCAUUCGGGACUUUCAAAUACCCUCAGAGGCUAAAGAAGUGUAUCGCACAUCCUCGGAAUCCUCGUCGAGCAAAAGGAAGAGGGCUUGUGAAGAGGAUAAGGAUGAUUGUUUGAUUACUGAUACUGUUGCUGCUGCUAUUUAUACUAUAGGGGGAGGCGAAGCCAACUCAGUUGCAGAUGUUCAACCCUUUAAGGUGGCAAGAAAAGAUGUGCCCAUCGAUAGUACCUGUCCAGAGGACGAGAAUGCGGAAUCGUCAAUAUUAAUGAAUGAGAAUGCUCAACUCGAAUUGGCAGGAAAUGUGGAGCGACCUGCGUCUUACGACGGUUCGAGCGAGUUCGAAGAGGGGACCGGUAUCGAGGUGUCUGCUGCAGUUCGUCUGUCGGACGAAGUGACAUCACGACGUGUGGACACAACUGAAGUCGGUGCAGAGUAUGCGAAUGUGCCAGAAGCAACCACCGAACUGGCCCGUACUAGUCUCACACGGGUAACUGCAGAGCAAAACUCUGGCGAAGUUGCAGCUUUGUCACACGGCAGCUUCGAAUGUGCGGAGCCUGCAGACACCCUUCAAAUUUCGGACGAUCAGAGUGUUGUCGAUCUUACCCCUGAGGAAAUUCAGAAUUUACUGCCUCCCUUGCACACCAGUCCUAAAAUGGACUCUGUCAAGUUUGGCAACACGCCUCUAGAUAGUGAAGAUUUGACUGCUUGCUUUGACGCCCCGUCAGAAACUCUGCCCGACCCGGAAUUUCUUUUUUCGGACUUACCGGUGCCCGUACAUUCGUCGAACACGUGUGACGGUAGUGUGCAGCCAGAGGUAAAUGUUGACGGAGUCCCAACUGUAGAGGGACCCGAAGCGGCGGCGCAGCUGCCAAUUACAGACAGACUGGAGCCAGAUUUCUCGAUCAGUAUUCCCGAGUGCGGAGACACGUCAGUGGGCAGUGGAGAGGAAAAUGCAGAGGGCAUUUUAAUAGGUGGCUUACUGCCACACGGUGAGGAGGAAGAAUCGGAGGUUAACGUAAAUAUAGCUGGAGGUCUGUCUGUGAAGGAAGUUGAGCCACCGGCAAAAGGUGAAGGGCAGUACGGUGACGAAGAGGAGAGGACCUUAGAGAAAAAUGGCGAGCAGUUUGUAUACCACUCGGAGUGUGCAGCUGUCGAAGGUACUUCCCACGAGAGCUGUCCCGAUGUUUUGGACAGAGGAGGAGAUGAGAUUUAUGUGGAUGAGAAAAGAGGAGAGGAGGAAGGAGUAGCAGUCAAUGAAGUGAUGAGCAGUAGAGGAGAGCAAAUAUCUCAAUUACAAGAACAGUUGCCAGCAGCAGAACAGCUAAAGGACAAUUGUAUAGAUGCUACUCUCAAUGAUUCAGUGGCACUGGUUAAUGUUACAAAACGAGAAAAGAUUGUCAUCACGUGCUCUGCAGAGCUGGACAUUUCUGACCCGAGGGACUACCGAGAGCAAGUUUCCCAGACCAGUUCUGACAGUGAUAAAAGUCCCGAUAAAUUGCAGCAGGAAGAGAAAGCUGUAAAGCUGUCUCAACGUCGGAAGCAACGCAAGCGGAGGAACAGUGCCAGGGAGAAACUGUUUGCUACAGCUGACGGCAGCGAGGCUUUGAGUGAUGGUGGCAGUACGGACGGAAAUAUGUUUUCAACAGUAGGAGUCGCAUCUGGAUCUGCCAGUUCUCCUGUGGUACAGUGCAGAGCGAUGGGACAGUCUGACGGUGACUCCUGUAGACAUCCGUUCACUGAAAAAUUGGGAGAAACUACCGAUGAAGUGGGAGUCCUCUGUCCUACACAGUCUGAUGCAACAAGAGGUGCACUGGAGAAAGACACAAAAACAUUCUGUGUGGAGAACUUUCCUAUAGGAAAUUCAGAUUGGGGCUACGAGAACAUACUAAUGAAGGAACCUCCGUUUAGUGACCCGGCAGAUGCCUUUGUAGGAAAGCCUGCGGUUGCGAAUCCUCGGGUCGACGUUGUGAAUCGGGAUGUGGCGCCUCUUGCUGUUGGCCCCAUUAGUAAGGAGUUUGAUACCUGCAAACUAUUGGUGGGUGUGGAGAUGUUACCUGACAGUGUUAGAGAUUAUAGUACAGGGAGUCAUACAGAUGAGAAAAAUAGAGAAAAUAAAGAUGACACACAGCUGUCACCGCGACCAGUUGUUGAGGCAUUUGACAAACUACUCGGGCCAGAGGAGAGUGAUUUGCCAGAGAUUCAGAAAUUAGUCACCGAAAGAGAUGACAAAACGAUAACUGCAGUAAGUCCAUUAGCUCCUUUUGACAGUAAGGCUGUUAACUUACGUCCUGAACACACAACUGUUGCUCGAGAGGGAACAGAUGUUAGUUCUGACAACAGAGUGGGUGACAUUGCCGAGAUUUGGACGCGAGAUGCUGCCGUGCUGGGAAAAGUGUCUGCCUUGGGGAAAGGUGGAUGUUCGUUCGAAGUCGAGUGCAGCAGUAAAAUUUGGGAGAAUGGAGAUCUGCGGCCCAUUUGUAAGCAGGUGUCAGGGGAAGUCGAAAUCGAUGUCGGUCGUGGGACCCCGGCACCUCCUAGCAGUCCGUACGGUGUAGCGAGUCUGGAGCUCGGAGAGGAGAAUGUUCGGCAUCUGCAGAAUACCGAAGCAACUAAUAUGUUCGAGCAGAGAGGGGAUGACAAUAUAUUGGGAAAGAUUGCCAAAGAAGCAUUGCAGACAGAUAGUCACGGAGCUGCAUUGACCGGAUGUGAGACCGUCUUUUGUGAGCAGAGUGAAAGGCAAAAUGAGGACGCAGAUUUCAAAUUGAGCGACGAGGCACGGGAGCUACAGGACCGAGAGCAGUCUAUUCUCACAACUGACGACACACUCGGAGCCUUUUCCAAGCUUUACGAGGUGCCAGACGAGAGUAGCGACUUCGCAGCAGACACUCGGUUCGCAAAGGUGACGAACGAAGUAUCCGAUACGAGUGAGCUCUCGCCGUCGAUAGUACGCUCUGCGACCGGAGAGAUACUUCCGACUGAGGAGUUCGUGAGAAAGGAAUCGGAUCCUCUCACUGACGAGAGGCCACAAAAGGGGAAGCGCAAGAAGAGAAACAGAGAGAGGAGCAGAGUGCUGGCAGCUGCGGAGAGCGCAGAUGGCACAGUCGCAAUAAAGGGAGACAAUUCUUCCCGUAUCUUAGAAAGGGACAAUUAUUCGGUGACCCCGGAAAUCGAUCUAUCCGUAACGGGAGGCACGCUUGCCACAGAAACAAUUCUGGUCAAAUGUGGAGGAGGUCAAGAAAAUAUAGCUGGUAUGAGCAACCAUCCUGCAGAGUGUGUAGUUGGAAAUACAUGCCUGCCAGAGACAGUGUCAAAAUCUGAGGGGAUCCCAGAGAUACUGGAUGUUAUACCUAAUAUUUCAGUGCGUGGGAAUGUCAGAAGAGUACAGAGUCCUAGCUCAGAGCUGGAGGUUCAGAAUUUCUCAAAGCAGACCAAAGAUGGGAAAGGAAGCAAAACCAAACGUGAGUGCAGCAAAGAGGAAUUCAUUUUGCAGCCGACAGUGGAGAUAGAGGGUACAGAAACAGAUGAACUGUCCACGGAAUGUAUAGGAAGAAGUGAGGGUGACCGAGUAAUACCUGCCCAUUCUCAGAAUUCGACUGUAGAAGUUGUCGACGAAGGGGUACCGUCCACUAUCGGUGAAGAGGAUGCGGCAGGGCGAGUGACUGCUAUAUUGCAGGCAGAAGACGAUGAAAGUAAUGAUACUGUGAAUGAGAGAGAGAAUAAAGAGCCCGAGGGGAGCCAGCAUCUACAGGAGGAGGAAAAGGUGUGCGAGGUCGGAAUACUACCACCACCGGUAGAAUCUGGUCACAGUGGCACAGAAUCUGGUCGCAGUGGCCUGUGCCACGUCAAGGAUGCCGUAGAGGAGAUGCAAGUUCCAGAAGUGAAGACAGACACAGAGUUUGCUGUAACGAAUCUCAGUUCUACAGUGUCAGAAAUUUUGGACGAUGGUGAAAUCACUCGUUCCAAACUGCAGGAAUCUCAGCAGCCUACCGUCAAAGUGUCUCUGUAUUUCAGUGGCUCAGGGGCAGACAGCAGAAAAUUGGCAGUCGGCAGUGCAGAAGAGAACGUUGCAGUCGAGCCGACGAAUGACCCUACGGUUGAGCUCUCCAAGCUAGACGAAAUGCUCAACAGAAUAGUACUUCCCACAGUGCCGACAAAGGAAGUGCCCACUGAAAUGGAUCAGGCCAGAUGCAGUUUGGACAGUUUGCUCAGAAUAGUUACAGACGGAGAUUCGCGUACUGACGAAAAGGCCGGAAAACGGGAGCAGGGCGAUAUGCCGUCAGAUGCGUGUCUGGCAACGGGAGAGAGUACCGUGCUGCGAGGGGACAUCGGAGAAGGACUCACGUCGACACACGUACUCGGCCACGUGGUCGGCUCUGAGGAGGAGGUGGAUGACAGAGUUGUGGAGCUCGAAGUGCAUCCUGCCGAACCUGUCGAAGUCGAACAGAAUCGUACUCGUUUAGGAGACAAUGAGGAAGACGAAAAAACUGCUCUCAGUGGGCUGCUCCUUUCGUUGGCAUCACCUGAGAAAUUCUCAGAAUUUCGUGUCGAUACUGUGGAGAGGAGGCACCGUCACCGCCACCACCACCGGGAGAAAAAAAGUGGCAAGGAGUCGAAAGAUGACAGGGUAGAAAAUGUGUCAGGGGUAGAGGACUCCGACAGGUUACAAGCAGAGAUAUUACAGAGGUUGACCAGUGCUAGAAACCAUCACAGGAGUGGCAAAAAGAACCACCACAAGCACGACAAAUACAGAACACAACACGAGACUCGAGAGUGGUCAGUUCCCGCAGAGCCGGAUCACUCUGAAAGUCAGUGUACUGCCGAGUCUGAUAAAAGAAAUGACUUCCACAGUCCCAAAAUCAAAUCCUACAGGAGUAAUCACGGACCGAGCACGCCACCUGGGGAACCUUCCUGUGAAGCAUUUAGUCCGGUACAGUCAGAGUUUGAUGCUCCUAGGGCUGGAGGACCACGGGAGGCAGUCGCUGACACUAAGGACGCCGAGACUGAAAACAGUCCGACUGCAUUUGCACCGUCCACCCUCGAAUUGUCGAAUAGGGGAAACAAGAAGACUAUUCCCAUUCCGAGGAAGAAGGACAACCGUAAACACCACUCGGAGUCCCCCACAGACGAAGAUGCACAGCCUCAGUUCCUUCGGCAGAGGAGAUCUGUUCAACCAGUCGAGGAAAGAAUACCGGAGGGAACACGGGAAGGCCCCGAGAGACGAAGGUACGCCUUUGGCGGAAGAUGUGGGAGCUUCGGUCACUUGCAGCACCAGACAGGAAAAUGGAAAAGGCCAGAGAAGUAG